CUUUCCAUCUCAGGCGACCGUUAGGACUCCUCCCCUAAACUCCCAAACAAAACCCCAACACUCUCACUCAGCUUCAGCCUUUGUCUCUAGACCAUGACCGUCGCCACCGCAGCCUCAACCCAAACCAAGAAGCUCAUGAAGCUCGGCCUCUCUCUUUUCCGAUGGGGCUUCAACUCCUCCAAAUGCAAAACAGCGGCGAAGAUGGCUGUGGCGAGAAUAAAGCUGCUGAGGAACAAGAGGCAGGUGGUGGUGAAGCAGAUGAGGCGUGACAUUGCUUCUCUGCUUCAGAAAGGUGAAGACGCCACUGCUCGUAUCCGGGUUGAACAUGUGAUUAGAGAACAGAAUGUUUUGGCUGCCAAUGAGUUCAUUGAGCUGUUCUGUGAGUUAAUCGUGUCUAGACUUCAAAUCAUCGCUAAGCAAAGGGAGUGCCCGGCUGAUCUCAAAGAAGGGAUUGCUAGCUUAAUCUUUGCAACACCAAGGUGCUCUGAGAUUCCAGAACUGGUGGCACUAAGGAAUAUCUUUGAGAAGAAAUAUGGAAGAGAUUUCGUAGCUGCAGCUACUGAUUUGCGACCUGGAUGUGGUGUGAAUCGCAUUCUCAUUGACAAGCUGUCUGUUAGAACCCCUACGGGUGAAGUAAAGCUGAAAAUCAUGAAGGAAAUAGCGAAGGAAUACCAGGUUGAUUGGGAUACAACAGAAUCUGAACAAGAACUUCUCAAACCUCCAGAAGAGACUCUAGAUGGACCGCGUACUUUUGUUAGUGCUACCAGCUUGCCUGUGACAACCCAAUCUUUUGAGUCUAACAAGUCAGAAACCAGGCUUUCUUCCAGUUCGUUGCGCAGAACAAGUGGUGGUGGACAGAGGGAAACCAGUUCUACCCGCAGAAUGAGUGAUGGUGGAGAAAGGGAAACUAGUUCCUUUCGCAGAACAAGCGGUGGUGGAGAAAGAGAAACCAGAAUAAGUGGUGGUGGAGAAAGGGGACAUUUGCAAUUUGCAGACUCGGCAUCAGCUGCCGCAGCAGCUGCAAAAUCUGCCAGUGAUGCAAUGGCGGCUGCACAAGUGGCUGCAUUUCUGGCCAACAAAGACUCCAAUCGGGCAUCUGCUAAUGAAUUUAAAACCCUUUCGAGCAAUUCCACCGGCCAACAAGGACCAGAUAGUCCAUCUCUUGACUCUUAUGACAUGGAUCAUCAAUAUGAAGCUGAGGGAAAAACACACUGGGCGGAGAGUUUGGACAGGUCAUAUUCUUCAAACAAUGACGUUAACCAUGGAGGAGAGGGGAAGAAUUUUGUCUAUAGAAGAUACAGCUACAAUGCUGCACCAUCAGAAAAUUCAGGUAUCAAGUUUGAUGAAUCAGACACCGAUGAAGAGAUUGAAAUGGAAGCACCUCCUAGUGGGAAUUAUCAAGGGCCGGAGCGUCCUCCACCACCAGUACCUUCGGCAACUGUUAGGCAGGACUCACUUCAUCGCGUUCAUCCCAAAUUGCCUGAUUACGAUACACUUGCUGCUCGCUUUGAUGCCCUUAAGCAUCAUCACAAAUAAACAUUUAGUACAAGAUUUGCAGCAUUUGCUUGUGCAUCACUUUUGGUUGCUUGUAAAAUUCAUAUAUAGUUACCGGAUGCAUCACUUUUGGUUGCUUGUAUAACUCAUAUGUUACAUGUUGGAUGCUUGUCGUUCUACCAUGUUGAUACUAAAUAAUACAAAUUACAGAUUUUGCUUAUGCAUCAAACCAAUUCUAUCAUGAUCACUUAUUGUCUUAGUUAACAACUGUAUAACAUCUCCCCAAGCAGCCAGUUGCAUUCUAAGACGAUAGACGUCUUUGAUUCUGAGCAAAAACACUGCUAAUGCAUCCAAAGCAUGAUGGAAAGAAUUGAGAGACGCAAGAAAAUCAUUGUUUAGGCUAGAGAACACAAACCUCCUCUCAGACCCUCAUCCAGCUGUUUUCACACAGGUAGUUUUCUGGUUCUCUUACAUAUGAUCUCCCGUUCUAGCAGCAUUGCUAAAUUCAUUACCUAUAUGAUUCAAACUCAUUCAUAUGCACUAUCCCCCAUCUCUUACCGUUCUAGCAGCAUUGCUAAAUUCAUUACCUAUAUGAUUCAAACCCAUUCAUACCACUCUGAUAUCAUGAGGAAGCACUGAUUUUAAACCCUCAAUCAUUCAAAACAAGCAAACAAUGCAGAAUCAACAAGAAAUUUAGAACACAAUAAAUCCAGAAACAAAAUCACAUUACUUCCAAGUAAAUCAGAUUCAGAACACAAAAAUCCAACAUUGCCCAAUACUUGAAUCUCUAUUAACUAGCAACCAGCAUUAAGGGUCUUUGAAAAAUGACAUAAAAAUUCAAUAUAAC